GUUUUACAGUUCUUCAAGAGUUGACAUACACCAAAUCACUUGCGGGAUGAGAUGACAGUCUUUGUAUGAUUCUCACGGAAUGCGUGUUCUUCUUUUCGACGAAGAGGGAUAAGUGUUCCCGAGAGCGACUACACUAACAGAAAGCGACAGACUGUCGACUUCUACAUCAUCGAUGUCGGUAUCCGUUUGAUAAUCCGAAGGAUUAGAUUGACAGUCAAUAACACAAAUGAAACUCAUCGAAUUAGGACUGUUGCAUCGAAGGGGGCGUUGCUGGCGAUAAAUUUAUUGAAACUUUUAAAGGGUGAAUCUGUGAUUGACUGUCUUUAAUUCAUCGAAAACAAUCCAAACCACAACAGAAUCUUGUAUCAUUCUCUAGGACUUAAUCAUGGAAAAUCUUGAGACAACAGCGUCGAAUGUUCUUAAUCUUUUUUGGUCUUGGCAAACACUAGAUUGGCAAUGGUCACUCGUCAUCCAGCUCGUUGUCGCGAUCGUCGGGAUCCUGGGGAAUCUGUUGGUGGUGAUCGUCAUGUUUCAACGUCGAUCUCAUAGCCGUAGCACUGAUAUCCUGAUUCAGAGCCUCGCGGUGGCUGAUCUCCUGACGUCCAUUCUGCUAAUCCCGAUUCCCGAUCUCCAGACCGCACCCGAUACAUGGUUGGGUGAAAUCUACUGUCGACUCAUAGAUUCCCAGAUGCUCAUGUGGAUCGCCAUAACAGCUUCAACCUAUGCAUUAGUGACGGUGUCAGUGGAUCGUUACUUUGCCAUCGUCUACCCACUCGCGUUCAACCGCCUGGUGAGCAAACGACGUGUGAUCAUCUGCAUCGUUUUGACAUGGUUUGCCGCCUUUCUCAUGUGUUUCCCUGGUAUCUUCGUCUUUGAAAUCGAUGGCUCAAGUGGACGUUGCAUCUUCACCUUCCCGACUUCCACAGCCCAGCUCGCGUUCGGCGCCUACACCUUUGUCAUCCGACUUGUAAUCCCGAUCCUGAUCAUGAUGGUGACACAGACCCUGAUUGCGCGGAACCUUUUCCGAGAAUCCAAACGGUUUGAGGGAAACAAGGAUGUAGGAAUGCGCUCGAGUGGUCUUCUAGCGGCUCGAUCUCGUAUCAUCAAGAUGAUGGUCAUAGUCAUCCUCAUCUAUGUCAUAUGUUGGGCACCAAACCAAAUUGCCUUUUUCGGCGUUACCAUCGGCGUAAUUCCUUUCACUUACAUCAACAGCAUUCUGCACCGCGCCCUCACCGUCCUCGCUUUCUUCAACUCCUGCAUGAAUCCCGUGGUAUAUAUCGUUAUGAAUGCUCAUUUUCGGAAAGCCAUCAAGGGUCUUUGCGUCGGAACCCGUGCGCGUCUCGGUCCUGUUUUCGAACACAAGAUAGAUGCAUCGGAGUCCCUCUCAACAAACGCCACCAACUUGCCACCGAUGACGGGUUUGUAAUGCCUUGAGGUAUUGUGAAAAAAAAAUCAAUUCGUCCAUUCCUUGUUGUCUUGUUGUCAACUUUUAACAUAAUAAAUGAAAUUUGACGUAACUCUUCAAUGUAUUGAACUUCUGAAGCUUAAUGAAGCAUAAUAAAUUAUAUAUUAUUCAGGUGCGGAUCCAAGGGGGCCGAGCCGGCCCCCCCCCCUAUUUUUUGGCAACCCCCCCAGAAAAAAUGUUCUUUUAACUUGAGAGAAACGCUGAAAAACAGAAAG